AUGUGCACGUGGCGAGAAAACUACCUUGAAUCUUCUGAUUUUUAUGUAUUAUCUUCACAUAUUUUAUCAUUUAUCCAAAUGUCUAUCAACAUUCUUGGAUUUUAUAUAAUAAUCUUCAAAACUCCCAAAACUUUGCAACCAGUCAAAUUCUCCAUUUUGGUGAUGCACAUUACGUGUUUCUGGCUGGAUUUUAAUCUCAGCACUUUGAGCAUCCCGUAUUUAAUCUACUCGGCAGCGGCCGGCCAAUCAUUUGGGAUUCUCGCAUAUUUAAAGAUUCCAAUGAGUUUUCAGUUUUAUAUGGGCGCUACUGCAGUAUUUCUUCUGGGACCAGCCAUACUCCUAUUCUUCGAAGAACGCUACGAUAGACUACUCCGCCGAGAUGCCAACACUCGCAGUCGCUUCAAAAAACGAGUCGCAUAUUUUCUGGUCAACUACCCUGGCGCCUUUACCAUAAAGAUACCAGUGGUUAUCGACGUCUCCAACUCUGAACAAUCUCGGCAUAACAUCGCGAAAAAGUUUCCCUGUAUACCAUCCAGGAUUAUCACCGAUCCUGGGUUUUAUGUGGUAACUGAGGAUCUAUUGAAAGCAGUUUUGUUGCACUUGGGAAUUUUGACAUUUACAACCGUUCAAGUAUUGUAUUUUUUCUAUCAUACUGUGAAAUACCUGUUCAAAUCAAAAAUAAUAUCUGAAAGUACAAAGCGGCUACAGAAACAAUUAUUCAAGGCGUUGUGCAUUCAAGUUACCAUUCCAACAAUUGCAAUUUUUAUCCCAUGCGUUUACCUAAACACUUCUGCUGCACUGGAUCAUUUGGAUAUGAUUGAAAAUAAUACAGCAAUAAUAUUUCUUUCCCUGCACGGUUCAAUGUCUACAAUUACAACACUUUUGGUUCAUAAGUCGUAUAGAAAGGCUGUAAUUAAACUGAUUCUUCAAACUAAAAUUGUAUCCAAGCCGGUGACCAUUAAUAGAGUUAGCAUUGUGUAA